AUGGCCAGCGUAAGGGUGGCGGAGGAGGAGGAUUCCGUCGUGCAUCAUUUGGGUCGUAUGGGAGUGGAGGAAAGGGCACCUAUUCACAGUAUCAGCAAGGGGGAAGGCAGUACCAGUCGGAAGGCGGGGGCCAGCAAGGAGGCGAGGAAAGGCCGUAUAAGAGGGCACGAUACUAGGAAAGUAUUCAACACUUAUGGACACGAUGAUGAUGGUCUCGAGUUGUCAUUGUUGUAUGGUUACCCUCAGCAGUACUUGCGGGAGUGUGUGUUCGACCAUUGCCCGUAG